UUUUGUUCCAUUGUCAUCUUUUUGUCUCCCUUCACUGCUCUACCAUACGACCAUCAAUUGAAAUCGCCUCAACCAUCACCCAUUGAACUGUUUCCGACCGCGAUAUCACCGCGGCAGCCCUCCAUCGUUGCGCUCUUGCGAUUUUGGCCCCCUAGUCGCUUCCUUCGCGCCCAUUGGCCGUUACGUCAUAUUCGCGAUGUCUGCCGAGCCAGAGAAAGUCGCUCAGCAGGGUCAAUCUACGGGGCCGCCCGUAACCGCGGCCAUGAGCGCCGCGGAGAUCCCAGCGCCUAAUCCGCCCGAAAAGCAGGACGCGAAGCCGGAAGGAGCCAAGGCAGAGCAAGGCGAGCAGGCCGAAUCCGCCGAGCGCUCCAUCCAGGCUGGUGCCGGUUCCGCCAGCGGCGGGGGGGUUGAGGGUGUAGUCCCGGAACCGAGCGCACCUCAGGAGGAAGAGCCCAAGCCGGCAUCUACUGAUCGAUCCACAGAAGCUGCCGAGCCUAGCGCGACGUCCACUGCUCCUGCGGCGGAGGAGCCCAAGCAGACUAACGGAAGAACCGAUACGUCCGCUGUCGGGGAGCCACUGGAAGCCGCCGCAUCCGCGACGGAACCCCCCAAGGAUGUCUCCGAGAAAUUAGAAGAGCCUACGACCGUGAAGCCGACUGAUACCGAGCCCGCCGCGGCUGCCAGCGCGAACGGCGAAGCCAGGCCCGUCCCAGAUACGGAGACGAAAGACGCGCCAGCAGCAACCCCCGCAACCGCCGCUGAGGACGACACUGCCAACAACAAGCGUAAAGCCGACGCCGCGCUCGGGCCCAGCGCCGAUGCCGAGGGCGACGCCGCAGGGAGCAAGAGAGUCAAGACGGACGCCGAGGACGACUCCGCCCCUGCCAAGACGGAGACCGAACCGCCGGCGGAGACCAACGGGGGCGGAGCCGAUGCCCCACCUGCUCCCCCUGCCAAGAAAAGGGGCCGUCCGAAGAAGCAGGCGACCAAGCCUGCCGCGCCGGUCGGCAGGACCGCGAGGAAGACGCGGAGCCAGGGGCCUGUUGAGGUUUGAACCCUGGAGCUGUUUGGAGCGAGGUAAGGUGGUCAAACGAGCAAUGAUGGGUGUUUCUUCCUUCCAUGGGGUUUUGUUUACGGUCCGUCGGCAGGUUGGCUUAAAAUCCGAACCGGCUUGGGUCUCAAAACUCUCUUGCAAUAACUCCGUAUAUUCUUUUUUUUUUUUUUGGGGGGGUCCGAUCCUCGGCAUGGAUGGUUUUGUACAACCUGCGAAGUGGCUCGAGGUGUCAAGCGGCGGACGCCAGGUUGUGUACAUUAUGAAUACGCUGCAAGAACAAGUAGCUUUUACUUACCAUUGGAAUCAAUGAAGUCGUUCGACACUCUGGUGCUGGCGGAUCUCG